AUGCCCGAAGUCCAAAGGCGGACGGUGAGCUCCAACCCAGGCUUAGGGCUGCUCUUCAGACUGCCGCAAGAACUCCGCGACAUGAUCUAUGCGUUCUACUUUGAGCGAGCUGAAGUAGAAUGGGAGUACGAGAAGUCCUGGCAGCCACCGUCCUUUUCCAUGGCCUACCACAAGCGCUACCCUAGAGAUCUGCUUUCCGCGUCUAGAGAGGUCUACGCUCAAGCCCAGCGAUACGAAUAUCAUGACCUCUGUCUCGUUAUCUCGCACAAGGAGGCUCGGCACCCUCCAAAAUUAUAUCGGCUUGUGCGACACAUUCGAUUUAUCGAAGCUGCGAUCCCCAUUUUUUCAGGACACCUUCCCUUCUUCAGCAAUGCAAAAUUGCUUGCGAACCUCCGCACCGUCACCUUUGUUCCUUCCGGGUCCUUUGUGUCCGCGUCGAUGGUGGUGAUGUACAAAUGGCUCGAAGAACUCCUUCUACAGGGAUGCACGGAGCAAGUUCUAAGCGAAGUGCGACACCAACUACGACUGAAGCGCUGUGUCCCACCCGUUUUCACGACGCCCACGACCGCUGCCCCUGAGACGAGGCUGCAUUGGCUUGUCGUGCUCCCAUGCAGAGUCUGUAGGUGGGACGUGAUAAAGGCCAAAUCGGAGCAUGUUGAUAUCGAUCUUCACAUCUCCGCGAAACCGCUACGGAUCGAUUCCAAAGCCUCCGAGAGAGCCACCCCUCCGUUCCUCGGCAAUAUGGCCCUCGCCGCCGGAUCAUGGGCACACAAGGGCUGCGAAAGUGAGGCUAAUCGAUCGCUUACUGAACAAACGCCGCCAUCUCCAGCUUCACUACAGGAGGAUGCAGCUCGCUGA